CGUUAAGUCAUCAGCCGGCCGUCAACUUCACAAUGGAGGCGUCGAGGAGACGAGUCCUCCAGAAACAUCUAGAACCGGCCAGACCCCUGCGGCGCUGCAACAACGUUGACCCCCCCGAGCCCUCGAAGAAUGAUUCAUAUGCACAGGUACAAGCAGAGAUUCUCCAACUCAACAAACAGAAAAAAGGAAAGAUAUGUUACACCAGAGAUUUUUUAAUUGGGCUGGCGAGUUGUCCCGUGGCCAAAAGGAAGCCCGAAUUCUUGCCAGAGCACCCCAUCGUACUAGAAAAUGCAAGAGACCCUGGGCCCCUGACACCACAAGACUUGACACUACAAGACUUGACAUGCAGUGAAAAUAAAACGGUGGCAUAAAACGGCGGCGUUUGCACGGGUGCUGGUUUGCUGUGACUAAACAGUAGAGGUUCCUUUUUCCCUUAUUAACAGCGCUGACUUGAAUUUGUUUAUCAGGCGAAGGUGUGUUGCUAUACAGACCUGUGUAAUAAUACAGCUCUAAAACCCAGCAGGUGUGUAACUUAGAAAUGCUUUGUUCAGCCUGUAAAGUUUGCACUGAUGUUCAGCCGAGUGUCUUUUACUUUUCUGUUUUGAACUUAAGAUGUUCUUGUCAACAAACUGAACAUUUUUUUCCCCCAUUACAUUUGGAUCUGUAUGAGAGAGACUGACUAGUUAAAAGUUCCAGUUGUCAAUUCCACAUUCCAAAGUAUGAGAAUGGCAUUUGGCUUCAUUUCUGUUUUCCUCUGAAAAGAUAUUUAUGACUUAUUUAUUCCAAGAUUCACUACAGCUUUUCAGUUUUGGUGGCAAGACCUGAGGAGAUUGAUAGGUCAACUCCACCAUUCCCACCCUCACCCAGAACUUGAACCACAAACUUACUUGAGCAAAAACAUAAUCUAGACAGAAGGUGGGAGAAUUGAUGGCUGUCAUCACCUGUACAUUUCGACUGUUUUUACUUAAACCUGUACAUUUUUACACUUAUAAAGAAA